AUGGGGCACAGGCAGGGCACAUACUUCCUGUUGAUUCUAUAUGUGGCUCCUCUUAAUGUCUGGCGGGGGAACAGUCCAGUUGUCACGGAUGCCUCAGCGGUGGACAAAGAUGGUUCUGACAUUGGACAGACCAGUAAAGACAAGAACAUUGCUGGUGUUGGGACAGAAAUCAUUGAUGUAGCCAGUGGGAUCCGGGAAUUUGUGCAAAACUGGGACCAGAACGUGACUGUGCAGUGGAAUAACACUGUCACAGAGAGGACACAUAACAUCUCUAAGAAGAUUGGCCGUUCCAAGACGGAGGAGAGUGGAGUCUCUCUGUUGCAACUUUUUGGAAACCCUCCACCUGAAAAUAUCACACUUGUGGCAGGCCCAAAUGGCCAAACUGCAUACCUCUUUCAAAAGGACAGUAACACAGGUCAGAUGGCACGUGCUCACCUGCCCAGCCCCCUCUACCGAGACUUCUCUCUCAUCUUCCAUUUGAAGUCAACCUCUGAAGAUGCUGGGGUGAUCUUCUCCAUCACCGAUUCCAAUCAAGAGAUCAUGUUUGUUGGCGUCAAGCUCUCAGCUGUGGAGGAUGGCAAAAGGGAUGUCCUUUUUUAUUACACAGAGCCAGAUUCAGAUGAAUCUCGAGAGGUGGCCAGCUUUAAAGUGCCACACCAGCCUGAUAAGUGGAACCGUUUCUCUCUGGCUGUGAACCUAGACAAGGUGUCUUUUUAUGAGGACUGCGAUUCUGAGCCCAAGGUGGUGAAGUUUGAGCGCUCAUCCAAUGACAUAGAGCUGGGAACAAACUCUGGGAUCUUUGUGGGACGAGGUGGAGCUGUUGACCCAGAAAAAUUUCAGGGCAUGAUCUCAGAUUUAAGGGUGGUUGGAAACCCAUGGGCUGCAGAGCGUCAUUGUGAUGAGGCUGACGACGAUGAUGAUGAUGAUGACUAUGACGGCUCUGGGGAUAAUGGGAGUGGAAUAUUGGACAGAACCGAGAUGGGACAUAAUGUAGAAGUUCUGCAUACCCUGCUGCCACCACCUGUUUCUACAGGUGUCUCUAGUCCUAAAGGAGAUAAAUGUGUGAGGGGAGAGAAGGGGGACCAAGGUGGCCAGAUCCUCAAAGGUCCAAAGGCCGACUCGGUGGCUCUUGAGACUUCAGCCUUGAUCUCUAGCACAGGUGGAAUCCAUGAAGAGAAGGGUAGUACUGGGUUUGGAUAUCCUGGCCCCAAAGGAGAUCGUGGCCCUCCAGGACCGCCUGGGCCACCUGGUCCCCAGGGUCCAUUAACGGAAUUGAUAGACACUGGUGAUAGAAUGGUGCAGAAGGUGCCAGGUCCAAUGGGCCCAGUUGGGCCACCAGGUCGAGAGGGCCCACCCGGUACCCCUGGUCCAGAGGGGAAAACAGGUGAUCCAGGAGAGGACAGUAAACUUGGACCUGAAGGACCUCGUGGUUUUCCAGGAGCACCAGGUGCAAUAGGACCUAAAGGGCAGAAGGGACAGAAAGGGGAUGGACAGCCUGGCCCAAGAGGCCCACCUGGGCCGCCUGGACCUCCUGGACCCUCAGUCUCAGACAGGACUACCUUUGUGGAUAUGGAAGGUUCUGGAUUGUUGUUGGGAGUUCGUGGACCUCCUGGUCCACCUGGUCCACCUGGGUCCCCAGGACCCAGUGGAGAUUCAGGAUUAGGUUCUACUGGAGCUGGCCCCACUGUAGAAAAUGGGACCUCUGGCCAUCCUGGUCCCCCAGGUCGACCUGGAAUUCCUGGUGCUCCUGGGCCCCCUGGACCCCCUGGCCAAAAGGGUGCACAGGGUUCUUCGGGGAUGUCAGGGCAGGAAGGGCUGGCUGGACUCCCUGGUCCCAGAGGACCUCAGGGACCCCCAGGACCUCCUGGACCCCCUGGACCUGCCUUCAGAAUCACUACUGACGGAAAAGAAAAAGAAGUUCCUCUUCAGUACAUUCCAGGCAUCAUGGGGCAACCAGGUCCACAGGGACCUCAGGGGAUACCUGGACUACCGGGUAAAGCUGGUUUCCCUGGUAUUCCAGGCCAGAAAGGCAAUGAAGGGUCAAGAGGGGGAGAGGGAAUCCCAGGUUUAGAUGGCUUCCCUGGAAGAAUAGGGCUAAAAGGGGAAAGAGGAUGGAAAGGUGACAAAGGUGAGCCUGGUCAUAAACAAGGGCCUCCAGGGCCACCUGGUCCUCCUGGAUCACUUAUGUAUAUUAAUGGCAGUAAGGAUGGAGGGUAUGGAAUCCCUGGACCACAGGGUCCACCUGGUAUAGCUGGACAGGCAGGAUUCCCUGGACCAAUGGGACCAAAAGGUGAUCUUGGGGCACCAGGACUACCAGGAGACUCUAUCAAGGGUCAGAAAGGUGAGCCUGGAUUGAUUCUUCUUGACUCCAGUGGUAACCCCAUUGGUGGACUAGCUGAACAGUUGGAUGAUUCAGGACCUCCAGGACCAGAGGGACCUGUGGGACCAGUUGGCCCACCUGGACCAAAAGGUGAAAUAGGACUUCCGGGUAGACCAGGUCGACCUGGCUUGAAUGGUAAAAAAGGGGAGAAAGGUGAUUCAGGCUUUGCUGGAGGAAACGGUUAUGGCUACCAAGGCCCCCCUGGCCCACCUGGACCACCCGGACCUCCUGGACCCCCUGUUUCUGUGGACAGACUUAAUGGUUAUUAUGACAGUUUAAGGUUUCCCUAUGCUAUAAAAGGAGACAAGGGGGAGAGAGGAUCGCCAGGCAUCCCUGGCUUGCCAGGUCUCACUACCAACUUUGACAUUUAUGCAUUAAAGAAUGAGAUUAAAGGGGAGCAAGGUCCUAAAGGAGAGAAGGGAGAACCGGGAGGAGGUUAUCACAGUGCUCCUCAUGGUGCAGGACAGGGCCCAACUGGAAGACCUGGACCACCGGGUCCAAGAGGAGAGUCUAUAAGGGGACCUCCAGGUCCCCCUGGACCUCCUGGAGCCCCAGGAAUCGGUUAUGCCGGUCGUCCAGGUAAUCCUGGCCCACCAGGUCCACCUGGACCCCCAGGAUCAGUGCUGCCAGGUUCAUAUAGACCCUCACAAACCAUCAGUUUUCCUGGGCCACCUGGUCCUCCUGGACCCCCUGGACAGUCAUCUGGGGUUAUUGUUUUGAGGUCUUUUGGCACCAUUGCUUCUGCAACUCGGAAGCAACCAGAAGGCACGCUGGUCUAUGUAAUGGACAAUAGAGAUGUAUACAUGAGAGUACAGGAUGGCAUCAGACAACUCAUGCUAGGAGAAUACACCCCUUUUCCUAUGGAUCUGGACAACCAGGUGGCAGCAGUGGAGUCUCCUCCAGAGGUUCACAACUCUCAGGACUACCCUACAGCCUCUCCUUCCCAGGCCCCUCUUCAACUAGAAGCCCAGUACCCAGUGCCACCUGACCCUAGACACCAGCCAUCGUAUGACUCACGAUACCAUGGCCAGACAGAUCCACGCUACUUAUUUCCAACUUAUCCCAGACACUCUGAUUCACGAUACUCUCCAUCAGAAGACACAAUCUACCAGGGCUAUGCUGAUCCCAAACAUCACUUUCAGAGCAGCCACCCAGAUCAGUCUGGUUAUCCUGACAGCAGAUAUCCAAGUAUACCAUUUCAAAGACCUACCAUUCAAGAGACUAAGCCUCUAGCCCACACCCAUACAUCAGGCCCUGUGCUGCACCUGAUCGCCCUCAACUCACCUCAAGAGGGCGACAUGCGAGGUAUUAGAGGUGUAGACCACCAGUGCUUCUCACAGGCCCAAGCCAUUGGGCUUAAAGGAACUUUCAGGGCUUUCCUAUCAUCACGGUUACAGGAUCUGUACAGUAUUGUUCGAAAGAAUGACAGAGAUCGGCUUCCUAUAGUAAAUCUUAAAGAUGAAGAAUUAUUCAGUGACUGGGAGUUCAUCUUUAGUGAAUCUGAGGGUAAAAUGAGAGAUAAUGCACGCAUCUAUUCGUUUAAUGGUCAAGAUGUUCUCAACAAUGAUGCCUGGCCAGAGAAGAUGGUAUGGCACGGAUCAAGCACUCGUGGUCACAGGCAGACAGACAGCUACUGUGAGACGUGGCGAACAGGUAGUCAUGCUGUCACUGGCAUGGCUUCUUCUCUCCAAGAUGGCUACUUGCUUCAGCAGUCACCUCGUGGCUGCACCAGCUCUUUUAUCGUACUAUGCAUUGAAAACAGUUACAUUGCUAAAUGAAUCAAAACCUCUGCUAAGCAAAAUUUGUCU